UGUUGUUGAGUGAUUUUUUAUCAGUGACGUGUACUUGCUGGUUAUUAAUCACUUUUCUGCAUGCUUUCUUCUGGGUUUUACUUGGUCCUUUUCUUCUGAAGUUUGGCAGGCGAUCGUGUUACUCUUUGACUCGAAGUUGUUUUUCCGCGUAUUUAUGCAGGUUUCUGAAAAUGGACAACAACGGAAUAUCAGGAUUGCGACCCAAAGGCCCAGCACCAGCGCUCGAAGUACGUGUCAUUCGCAAGUGGGUGCCUAAGUAUCGUGAAAACGAAUUGCAUUUUGUCUUCGUUGAUGAAGAGGGAAUGGGAAUCCAGGCUUUUGUAAAAGGCAAAAACUGCAAAACUCUUGACUCAAAGUUAUGCCUACAAACAUGUUAUCAAAUAAAAGGUUACGGAUGCACAGACCCAGACAACUUUACAAACACGUUGACCCAUCCAGCUACAAUGAACCUUGGAAAUGCCACUGUCAUCACCUCAAUUCCAGACAAUGAGAACAUACCAAAACAAUACUUUGAGCUAGCCACGCGCAGAAGAAUGGAAGUUCAAGCGAAAACAGAAGGGAUUGUAGACAAAAAAACCCAUGAGAAUAGACCCUAUGUUGUUCUAUCACUCAAAGACUGCAGCAACCAAGACGUUACGGUUGCACUCUGGGAAGAAAUAGCCACGGUCAAAAGUCGGUUCAACAGGGCUGAAAUAGAAGCUGGAGCAGCACCUGUAAUACUAGCGAUGACAGGAUUAAAAGCAAAAACAUAUUAUGGCACGCUACAACUAUCUUCAACAAGUUCUACACAUGUCUACCUCAAUCCACAAACAGUAGAGACGGAGACUUUAAAAGAAAUGUACAAAAACUCAGAUAUGCAAAACUGGGAAAUCACUACACCAACAGACUUAGAGGUUCCAAUUUCACACCUACUUCAAAGCAACGCUAGCAUAAUUGGCAAGAGUUUCAUAAUAAGGGGAAAAAUAACAGAAAUCAUGUCAUACAACGAUUGGUACUACACCGCAUGCCCUAAAUGCCGUCAAACAGUGCUACAAACAGGUUCCAACUUGGUUUGUGUAGAUGAUGGAAACUUGGACAAGGCAGUUUGCAUGUACCGGAUACCGGUAAAAAUCUCAGACAAAACAGGAACAAUCACCGGCACAAUCUUUGAUCGAGCAGCCAAUCAACUUCUACAACAAACAUGUGAAGAGGCGCUAACCAAACAGAACCUAACCCAACAACUCCAGUCGAUGGAAAAUAAGGAAGCGAAGUUCCAAAUUCAAGUACAACCAGAUCUCAAGAACCGUUCAAUACGUUGCACUAUCAACAACGCGAACUACCUGCAUACAGAAACAACAUACCACACCUCUACCAGCACACCACCUAUAACAACCCCACAACCAGUAACACCGCCACCAAAAGGACAAAAUAUAAAUUACCUAUCACUAAACAUGUCUUGAAGCUACAACGCCGAAGGAAGCAAGAGUUGAUGACACAACCAACUGAAGUACCAAAUCGUUGUCGAACAAAGGAAACCACGUCAAAAAUCCUUUUUUGUUUAGUGUAAAAAACUAAGUAUGCUUUCCGUUUAGUAUAAAAACUUAGUAAUAUGUAAACUGUUUUCCGUUUAGUGUAAAAAACUAAAUACGUUUCCUUUUA